CCUUUCUUUCCCACAUCCAUCCAUCGAUCCCCUUCCAUCCCCUCGCUCAGCUUCAGUCUUCUGUCAUCGUCCUCCCCAUCUCACAUCUGCAUCGCGCCGCCCCUCCUCCCAAAUCCCGUCCGGCGCCGCCGCACCCCACACCCGCUGCUGCCCCCACUCCUCUAGUGCCAUCUCCCUCCUCAUCGAGGGCCGAUACCUCAUCGUCCAGCCACUCUAGCGCCGCCUCCCUCCCCAUCGACCAGCGCCUCAUUGGCCGUCCAGUGCAGCCACCAUGCCUCCAACGCCAGUCUCCCACCCCACCGAGCGCCGAGCCCUCGCCACCCAGCACCGCCCACCUCCCCAUCAAGCACCUCCCCAUCAAGCACCGCCGAGAUUCUGGGAGAGACCCCCGCCGCGAUGCCGAGAAGGUGGCAGGUCUGGGGCCGGCCUGACGGUAGCCAAGUCUGGGUCCCCGCCCCCGACCCCGACGCGCCGCCCCCGCCGCCGCCCGCCGCCGCCCCGCCUCUUCCUCCACCGGGGCGCGCCGCGGGGACAGCCGCCGCUUCAUUCGAGGAAGCGCUGGUCAAAGGCCGGGGUGCUGCCGACGGAUGCCGUGUCGAGUCCAUGGCCAACCACCUCGUCCAAGCCGAGGAACCUCCUGUGGGCUACUUCCAAGCAUGAUGUGUACGUGAUGCAGAACUAUUCUGUGAGGCACUGGUGGUCCUUACUCCAGAGAGGAAAAGAAUUGCUCAACGUGGCAUGCCCAAAUCAGGAUAUGCAGGGAGGUCGGCCCUUGUGCAGGGUGAAAAUCAGCACCAUGACAGUGAAAGACAACCUCCUGGCGGCUGGUGGUUUCCAUGGGGAGCAGAUCUGCAAUGCCAGGGGAAAUGACUACCAUUCCAGGGUCUCCGGUCUGGGAGCUCGUGAAGAAGAACAACUACUUCUUGAUCAAGCAGUUCGGCAACAACACCAAGGUGCAGUUCAGCAAGGAGCCCAACAACCUCUACAAUGUCCACUCCUACAAGUUCUCGGGCUUGGCGAACAGCAAGACCGUGGCGGUCCAGCCAUCAGCGGGAGAGGACAAGGCUGUUGUCCUAUCCACGACCAAGACCAAGAAGCAGAACACCCCUGCCAAGCUCCAGCACAAGACUCUGAUGCGCAAGGAGUUCCACAAGAUGACCAAGUCUGUCAAGAACCAAGUAUUAACUCCAGAGUUUUGUACUUGAAUUGCCCUUAUGCUUGGCUUCUAAGCUACAACUAUGCUGGCGUUUCAUGUUUCGUCGCGAGCAUCAAGACGAAGAAGUCGGAAGAAGCAUAGUUCAAGCUCAUCGGAGCUAGUUCAAGGAGUAAUGAAGCCCUUGAUGCUGAUCCCUAUUGGAACAAAUUGAAGCACGAACUGUGACAUAUAGGGCUUGUUAUACAGUAGAGCUUGAUGCUCAUCGGCUCAUGUGACAUAUUGUGCACCUAUUGAGCUUGUUAUACUAUGAUCACAUUUGUAUGUGUUGAUGUAACAGAUUGUUGCUUCUUGUUAUUUGAAGUAUUACACCUGUUUUCUGUCUA